AUGGAAGAAACUAAAAAUGGAAACAAAGAACACGAAGAUGGAAAACAGUCGACAUCAACUGAAAAUGAAACGGCAGAUACUACGGAACAACUGGAUGAUAAAACCGACGAUUCCAACACAGAAAGAGGCGAUAUUAAAAAUCUUGAUAAAAAAACGACUGAUGAUUCAGAGAAUGCAAAAUCCGUAAGCCUUCCUGGUAAUCUUGCGAAGCAUUCACCUCCAGUUUCAGAAACGGGAAAAGAUGAACCGGAACAACAAGACCAAGCUUCAAAAGCAUUAACGACAGCAACUACAACAAUUAAGACAACAAAUACACAAAACAACAAAAAUACAAAAACACCUGCUUCAAAAUACACAUUAGAACAUGCACGAACCAUCGAUAAUCAUUCACUAAUUGAUCAAGAAUUGAACCCCAAAGAUAAAAUACCUGAUUAUAUUUUUAAAAAUUUAAUGAUAGUUAAUUAUCACGUACGAGAAUUCGAACUAAAACCAGGCAAAGAUAAAGAUACCGUGGAAGUGAAUCCAAUGGAUGCGAUACUCGGUAUAUUUCAUCGCUCCGAUGAUUCAUUACGACGUUAUCUUACCAGUAAAUUAUCCGCUUGUCAACUUAGUGUUCCAUUUCUUCUGCCUGAUCCCGAAGCACCUUCUAAAAACGUCACAAUUCUGCUGUCAGCUUUAGAGAACAUCACAAAGUGUUGGAAAGAUUCCUCUGGAACAAAACAAGUAUUUGCAACGGAACAUCCAUUUCCGGUGGUUUCUUUCAUUCGCAUUGGCAAAACUAAAAUGUCAAAAUCAUCCUUGAUUAAUAAAAUUAUGAGUGACGGAGACAUUACACAUGACUUCUUCUUCCACAAAGACAUGAAAGGUGGUCACGUUGAAAGGAAAGUUGUUGAUGGAUUGGUUGAAGUGAAUUGGUAUCUUCCUGGGGAGAGUAAAGGAACGACGUUAAAAAAAGAAAUUUGUUUUGCAAAUCUUCGAGGAGACGCCAGAAAUUUUCAGAAGCAGCUUGAUCUUAUCUCUGCGAUUUCAUCCGUAUUAUUCAUAUUAUUGCCCUCGAAAUUUCGAAGCAAAGGCGACGCCAUACCAAAAAAAAUGUUAGAAGAAGCAAAGCGUGCCAGAGGUAAAACCAUCCUCAUCUUUAAGAAAGAGAUAGAAAAUGAUGCGAAGAAAUAUUUCGAGGAUUCGGAGUUUUCUUUGAUAAUUCAAGCCAAAGAGAAAAACGAAAGUCACUUCCUCCUGAAAAUACGACAAAGUAUUGAGAUGAAUAUCAAUAAAGUGGAAGCCUCACCUCUUGUGGCCCUAGCAUCUCAUCAGAGUGGAGAUGGUGUUCAUCUUGAUGUUCCACAGCAUUUAGAUUUGGAAAUCGAAGAGACAUUUGGAAGAUGGCUAAACAGAGAAAAUAGAAAUGCCAAAAAUCUUCUGAAGUUACAAACGCACGUCCCAGAAUUGGCGGAUUUGGAACGCGAGAAACAUUCUCCGAAAUGUCUCAGUGGCAAAGCUGAACCCCACAGCAUUACGAAAGUUGCAGAGAAGAUUUGCGAAGGUAUCGCAAAAGUAGAAAUCGCUCAAAGAGGCACCUUAGACAAAUUGGACGAAAGAAUCCUGGAUUGUCUAAAAUACAUUGGUACCGUCGAUGAAACUACACGAGAUUACACCUUAAACAAAUUGAAAAAUUGUUUGAAUAAAAUGUCCCUGGAAACAAUGCCAAAAUUGCACGAAGCCUAUCUCCAGGCUAGGCUGAAACUUCUAAAGAAGAGGAAGGAAACGUCUCAGGGAUCCGAAACACAUUCCCCGGAAGAGGAAAAUUUAAAAGAUUUAGAAGAUCAAAUCUCAAAAAACUCGUUCGGUUUAGAACAUAUCAUCAGAGAACUUGCUCAGCUUUACGAGAUAGAAGAAAAUGAAUACGACUAUGCAGGUGCUGCAGCAGACAUGUUGCUUUCAGGACAUCCUCUUGAGAUACUGGAUGGUGAUUCCUUUUACAUUCCACUGCGAUGGUUUAAGGCUGUGUUUAAUGAAUUAGAGCAAAAAACAAAUAAUGCGAAUAUAUUUGUAAUUUCUGUUGUAGGAAUUCAAAGUUCAGGUAAGUCAACAAUGUUAAACACAAUGUUUGGUUUAGAAUUUCCAGUCAGUGCUGGAAGGUGUACGCGUGGCGCUUUUGCUAAUCUUAUUCCCGUUAGUGAUUCUCUUAAGACAGCUUCAAAGUUUGAUUACGUUUUGAUUAUUGAUACCGAAGGUCUUAGUGGAUCCGCAGAUUCCACGUUACGAAAACAUGACAACCAGUUAGCGACAUUUGCAAUUGGUGUUGCGGAUGUAACCAUAGUGAAUAUCAUGGGUGAAAAUCAAAAUGAGAUGAAAGAAUUUUUAGAAAUAGCUAUCCAUGCCUUCUUGAAGAUGAAUAUGGUUGAAAAAAAGAAAAAGUAUUGCAAAAUUGUCCACCAAAAUGUUGUAGCGACGGAUGCAAAAGACAAAUUAACCUUCAAACGAUUCAACCUCAAAAAGGAUCUCGACCAAAUGACAAAGCUUGCUGCUUGGCAGGAGAAUUGUGAACAAGAAUAUCGUACAUUCGAUGAUAUCAUUUCCUUUGAUGAAGAGAAAGACGUGUUUUAUAUACCAAGUCUUCUGAAAGGAAGUCCUCCAAUGGCUCCAGUGAACCCACAGUAUGGAAGAUCUGUUCAAAAAGUGAAAGAAACCAUCAUUGACUUGAUGUAUUCAGAAGAAAGAAUGAGCGAGUUUCAAACGAAUGUUGAAGUGGCUCUAAAAAGGUGCUCAACAAAGACACAACGAGAAGAGGAAUGGAAAAAGAAAGAAAAGGAAAUACGUGAAGAAGGACAAAGACUUGCAGAAAAAAUGAAGGAGGCAAUGAAUGAAUUUUUCAAAACCAACCAGGACAAGGAAACUCUGGAACAGUGGAAAGAAAACGUGAUGAAUAGAAUUGAAGCUGAGAAGGAAACUCAAGUGCGACAGAUUCACAACGAUUGCUUUUCAACUUUCGAGUAUUUACAGAGUUUACAGGACGUUGAAGCAAUGAAACAAGACUGCGAAGCGACGCUUCUGGAAAAGGCAAAAAACUUUAUAACAUCAGCCGGUGAUAUUGAUGAUAAAAAGAAAUUUAAGAUUGCUUUCGAAAAAGAAUGGCGGCAAUGGAUUGAAUGCGUUUCCGAAUGUCAAAAAUUCGUUUCCACACAUUUCAGAAAUCUAUUUACCAAUGCUGGAAGAAUCGAGGAAUUUGCAGCAUUCCAGGCAGUCGAUUUUGCAGAAAAAGCUUUCAAUUCGGGAUUUAGAUGCACACGUAAUGUUCUAAUACAAAUGUACCACAAUGUGAUCACCGCGAUCCAAGAAGAAACAAAAGAAUUCCGUAAAUCUUCAAAGUGUGAUGUAUUGCUUUACGCUUUUGCUGAAACGUAUGAAAUUUUUGAAAAAAUGGAAGAACGCUUCAUACAGGAACGAGAUAUUAGAGGUAAUCUGGAAAGAAACCUGCGACCAAUGUUAGAAAAAUAUUUCGAAGAUAUUUGUGAGAAGAUGGAAAAAGAAGUGUUAGCCGCUACUUCGUUCGUCCGAGCACUUGAAACUCCAAUUGAAUCAGCGCUGAACAGUAUCAUGGGUCAAGCAGUGGCAAGAGAAAUACUGAAAGAAACCACGUACAAAAGCAAAAGUCAAUUUCAUGCGAAUGUCCUCAUUCAACUAGGGAAGGAAAGCAAUUUCGAUUCGUACAAGCCUUAUCUAACAAACCCAGUUAAUUUUCUAAAAAUAAAACUAAUGGGAUCGAUAGAAAACUACUGUUUAGACCACGUGAAAUCUAUUUUAGAAGACAAAAUCACAGGAAUACAAAACAAUGUUUUCGCUGCUAUUAAAACUGCCAACGAGAAAACAAGAACUGGAAACAAGAAACUGACAUUCUGGAUUCAGCAGUUUGUCGAAGAGUGUUCUAUACUCGUCAUAAAGGAAGAAACGUUUGCUCUAGCUGCCAUUGAAAAUCUGGAUAAUAUGGAAGUCUUCCAGGUUGAAGUUCGUAAAAAAGUAAACCUUUUUGUAAAAAGCGUCAUAGAUCGCGGUUUUGAUGUUGAAAAUAUUCAAACAUGGAAUCCAUCACCGGGUGAUAUUUUAUUUAACAAAAUUAUUGGUUGUGAAAGUGUUUGCCCAUUCUGCAAAGCUUUGUGUGACCAAACAGUUUUAAAUCAUCCAGGAAAACACUCAACGCUAUCUCAUCGUCCAGAAGGAGUAGGUAGUUACCACGAUAGUGAGUCAAAAGUAUUAGUCACAGAAAUUUGUACAAUGAGAGUGGCAAGUAACAGGACAUUUCUAAACGAUGCUACGUCAGGAAAACCUCAUCUUUACAAAGAUUAUCAGUCAGUAAAUCCUUAUUACAAAUCCUGGUCAAUUGCUCCAGAUCCAUCAUUUGAAUCAUCCAAGUAUUUUCAAUGGUUUAUGGCAACCUUCUCGAAAGAAUUGGCAGAAUACUACGAGGUCAAAGAACCGCACAUUCCCGAGGCAUGGAAACGGGUUAAGUUCAGCGAGGCAAAAGAAGAUCUUGAAGAUAAAUACAACUUGUAA